AUGUACAUAAAUGUACCUGAAGUGGGAACCGAAGAAGUAACCUUCUUCUCACAUUCUCCACUUCAGUCUGAGUGGCCAGGGACCACUGUCCCGGAUCAGGCCCACCAGUACGCACGCCCGCUCCACACCCCGCGACGGCCUCAGUGCCGGACAUUACCCCCGGGCCCUCUCGACCCCGGACACGUCCCUGACAAUACCCUUGAAGCACACAUCCUAGAUUGUUGGAGAGUGCUAAUGGAUGUUGACAGUCUUGAAAAGCUGAAGGAACUCUCACCAGCAGAGUUGGUCCAGGCAGCGAAGCGCAUGCAAGAAGUGUUUGCAUCCUCCGAAGCUCUGGAGGGAAUUGGGAUUACCGAAGAUGUCAAAAGAAGAAAGAAGAGAAAAGAUAAUGAGAAAGGGACACACCUGGAAUUCAACCCCAGGAUUGAUCAUGUACAUUGGGGCGCUGUUCUUUUCAUGAGGGAUGCCCUUAUGUAUUAUGAGCUGUGCGAUGCAAUCUGUAGCGGGGACGUUGGCCGGAUGAUGAAUACAGUCCCAACACUCCUAUGCCAUAUGCACGGGGGUGGUAACAAGAACUACACACACUUGCUUUUGGAUCUAAUGCAGGCUUACCAUAUGGAAUGGACAGAGGAGAUGCGGGAAUUCCUUAUGAUGAACUGUUGGCUGGUCAACCUGUCCGGUCUUCCAGAUGGGUUCUAUGGCUUAGACUUGCUACAAGAGCACAAUGUUAAAGCAGUAAAGAGCACAUUCAAAGUCGUUGGGCCAGCAUCGACAUGGGCAUACAUAGAGAAGAUUUCCCCAGCUAUUGUCACGACCGACAAAUCCCGGGGCUCCGUCAGCGGCGAACCAAUGCCGAUAGGCGAAUCCACCGACCUGAAACCCAUCCUAACCAGCCCCCAACCCCAUACCCUGCCGGUAUUCCAACCUUACCUCCAGUUCCUGAGCCCUUGGCGCUCCUGGCAUUCAGUCACGCCUGCCUUGUCUCCAUCUGAACCACACUCAUCGCUUCCCACUAUGUGGUCACAGCCAUGCCCCGCUUCCGUCCACUCCGCACCCUCUGCCCACUCCGCACCCUCUGCCCAUCUCUGCACCUUCUGGCCACUUCUGGUUGCCCUUGACACCUCUGGUCAGGUCAACACUCCCACUCCCCUCUGUACCUCUGUUGGCCUUCAUGCUGUCCUUGUGUGA